CCACCGCCGCAGUUGAGCGUCGCGAUUCGUCGCGAGAGCAUCGUGGCAUCGUGCGUUGCUUGUCGCGCCCCGCUCGUGUAAUAUCGUGCACACACAUCGAAACACAGUUAGCUGCGAGGCGUAGAACCGGGCGGAUCGACUGAUCGGCGAUCAGGUUCGGCACUCGAGGGAAGCGACGCGCGCCCCACGGCCCACGGCAGUUACGCGAAGGCAGCGACCAACGACGCGCCACACACCGGCGGUUCAGUCGAGGUCGAUCCACCGUCAGGUGAGGAUCGCCGGUGUCACCAACUUUAUUCAACGCGAUUAUUCCUCGCUAUAUCAUCCUGUAUUCAUAUAUACACGCGCACGCGAACGCAUUCAGUGCUUAGAUACUACGAAACCGCGCGCAUUAUAAACGUCGAUUAAAAUCGGUUUCUCAGUGAGGGAAAAUAUCAGUGAAAAACAUUGUGAGAAUCGAUCAGUGUCGACGACAGACUUUUCGCGUGUCACGCUCACCACGAUUUAACGAGUCGAUACAAACGGAACGGCUAUCGUUCCCGGAAAUCAGACGGUUCGAUUUCUUUCGAAUUUUUCGAUUUUCAAAUCGAUUCGCACGCUAACGAUCGUCGAGGAAUAGACCAAGAAGAUCGGAAGAAGAAGGAAGGAGUAUCGAAAAAAUUUCAGUGUUUUUCGCGAAUUGAUCCGCGACGACGCGUGUUCGCGUUUGUCCUUGACGCCCGUCCUUUCGACGAGUCGUUGCGUCGAGACGAUUCUGUGUGUGCUUUUUUUUUUUUUUCUUUCGUUCUGGCAACCGUCUCUUUCUCACUCGCUCGCACGGUGUAUCUCUAUCGCAACGAACACGCAGCCGUUCGUGCGAAGAAGACGGAGAACACGCGCAUAAUCAGCGGAGAACGAGAGACGAUCAAACGAACGAAGCGUUACGGAACGAAGUGCGCGAAUAACGCGACGGCGAAAACUGAUCCGACUCGGGCCGGUGCUACUCUCUACUAUACACCUCUCUCCCGAUCGCUCGUGUGUGCCUAGCCCCGUCUUUGUUUCUCUCGAUUCCAUCUUUCUCGCCGCCGCUAUUCCUCGUGGUACAGCAAUAAUAUCGUUUCCCGCGCGGACUGCGGAUUGGCUGAUGUGCCCGCGAACGAAGAACAGAACGGCGAAGCAACGUGCCCCGUUUUACUCGCGCUAGCGCCGAGGACGUGGUUCCGAAGACAAGCAAGAGAGAGAGAGAAUCAGAAAGAGGAGAGUGAAGAAGUGUGGUGAACGGAAAGAGACAGAGUGAGUCAAGUAGGGGUGGGGGAGAGCGGCAGACGAGGAGCCGAGACGAGGAGGGGAACCGCCCGACCGAGUUGUUUCAUUCAUAAAAAAGUUCUUUAUUACUCUCUGUGAGCGCAUGUGCUGUUCCAUGGAGGAGGACCUCCCCCGACCGGCGUAACCACGUUUACACACGGUAUUAUUUACUACUGCGCGAGAUACGAAUCGCUGCCACACGCCGUGGCAACGGUACGGCGUACGGAUCUCUCCCCGUAUCGUUACCGUUCUUCUUCGAAAUCGCGUUCGGAGUGUCGAUCGUUUACGAUUACCAUCGUAUCGAAGUGAAGGAGGAGGAGGUUCGUCGAAACGGACGACCCUCGAAGGAAUCGCAGUUGAAGCUCUCUCUUUCUUUAUCGAGCACGUCGCGCGUGUGUCCCCUGUCUCGCGGACGAGCAAUUGGAAUUCCUCGCGUGUCCACACGCAGGCCCGAUAUAGUCGGAUGGCGCGAUCUGGAACGUGAACGUCGAUCGAUCGCCUUCUCGCGCGUCACAAGACCGCUCGAGGCUUGCUGACGCUUCGUGACAACGGUGGACUCUUGAGAACACCGAACAGAAGAACAAAGAGGACGAAGAAAGAAAGAAAGAAAGAAAGAAAGAAAAAAAAAGAGGGAGGCGAAUUGAAUUUCGAGGGAAGAAAGUUAUCCGAGAAGCCAUCAACCUGGAUUUAAGGACGACGAAUCUAGACGUUUACGUGAACGAGACCGAUCGGUUAUUGGACGGUCGCAAUAGGACGCGGAGCAGCAGGGAUCGCAAAUCCACCAAAAUAGAUCCGACGGCGUACGACGAAGGCAUCGUCGCGACGACGGAGGACAGCGGUUACGAGGAUCGUUUGCGAGAAGGCAGCAAGGAUAGUCGUCUCGCCGGGAUGAGGGGCGAGUCGGCACGACCGGGUAAGCGACCUUUAAGGGCGCUUUCCGCUUCCGAGAAGAUGGACGCGAUCCAAAGGGUGCACGAAGGAGAAAGCAAGGCAUCGGUGGCGAGGGACAUCGGUGUACCGGAAUCGACGUUACGAGGAUGGUGCAAGUCCGAGCACAAGAUCAGAGGAAUGGCGAGGAAUUCGUCGACGCCGGAUAGCGAAGCCCACUCACCCGCCUCGUCUUCCGGCGCGAACGUAACCGCGGGCAAUUUGGCCGGCGGUUCGGCGAAUCUGUCGAGCGAGGACGAGGGUCCUUGCGUGAAGAAGUCGAAAAUAGAUCAACAGACGUCGGUAACGAGCGCGGGCACCUCGUAUGUCGCCGGUGACAUUUGCACCGACGCGGACGGUAAACCCGAUAACAAGCCGAAGAUCGAUUACGUCGGAUUGAUGACCAGCAUGGCCGGUAUGAGACCGGAAAAUAGUUCGUUGCUUCUGCAACAAUUGGGCCUCUUGUCCGGCGCCACUGGCACCUUGGCCAAGAAUUUGUUGAGCAUGACUCCGGCACUCUCGCACGGCAGCACAGUCGGUCUCGUCGAGAACGGACUUCAAUACACGAAGAACAGCGCGAUUAAUCCGUGUUUAACGAACGCGGCGAACAGUUUGAACGGUGGAAGCAACAAAAGGCACAGCAUCUCGGCGAUCGCACCGGCACAAAUGGACUCGGUCGUCGCGAAAUCAUGCACGAGAAAGAGUCUGCCACCUGCCGCGGAGGCACCAUCGACACCGGUGCCAGCCUCGCCGAGGAAAACGAACGAGAACAACAGUAUUCGUGAACAACGGUCGAGCGGCAAACCGAAAAAGGACGGGAACGUGAGCGGUAACAAGAAAGUCGACGAGGCGUUAUGGCUAUGGCUGACGCAGCAGCAACAGCUGCUCGGUCAACAGUCGGCGAGUUUCAACCCGAGCAUCAAUCAGCAAGACGGCUCGUGGUUCUGGCAAUGGUACAAGCAGUGCAGCUUCCCGUUGAUAACGCCGACGCCGCUAGCACCGAGCCCGGUCGCCAAGAAGUCGUCGCCGAGCAAAGCCCGUGCUAUGCUCGACAACGUGCUUUGCAACAAUAACAACGAGAACGUGAAGCGAAGCCUGAACAUGGACGAGGAGUCGGCGGCAGAGGACGUCGAGUCGUCCGGGGACGUGCCAGCCAGCACCGAGGAGGCGAUCGAACACGGCGAGAAGUUUUUCAAGUGGUUGGACAAAUGCUCCGAGCCCGCGGUCACGAGGCUUCAGAUCAUACAGUUCAAAUAUCUGUUGGACAAUCUAAAGGCGUGCAGGAAGAAGUCAUCCUCUAGCUCGAAACAAAGCAGAAAGUAGGCGAACAGACAAGCUGUGAUGCUAAAAAUAUAUAUCUUUAAGAAAGAGUGCGCUAGAGCGGUGGAGUACGCCGGGCUGAGACGAACAGACGGUAGAGAAGAUAGACGAUAGAUUCGGUAAGAGAGAGAUUAGUUGAUGAAAUAGGAAAGCGUUAGGGUAGUUCGUUGAUGAUCUCUUUUCGUUCGAACUCUCUUCCCCCUUUUUUUUUUUUUUCUUCCCAUCGAAACGAUUUGUCAUUUCGUCGUAUCGUCCCCGUGAUUCGCGUGUGUUCUGUGUGCGACAGAGAGGAGCCGAGUACGAACCGGACUAUCUAGUUGUGUUUCUACCCUCCCGAGCUUGUUACGUUCCGUAAUUUAAAAGAGAACGAUGUACGAUCGUGUUUCACAUCCCGCUCCUCGUAUUUUCUUUCUUUUCAUUUUUGUUUCGUAUUUUGAGUUACCUACAACUAUUUGGGAGUCGGGCCGAAUCAAAAUGGGUCGUAACGAUCUUGUCUUUAUCGAAAACGUUGUACAUAAGAGGAUAUACCAAAUUCGUAAAUGGACUGUUGUAAUUAUAAUAAAAGUUAAGAUGUUCGUAGAGAGUUAUUAUUAUUAUCGGAUCAUUAUCAUUCGUUAGCGUAAAUGCGUGUGUAUGGAUGAGCGCGUGCGCCUGCGGAUCGGAUUAGAAAGAGAAAAAAGGAAUUAGAAAUUCUCGACUAGAGAUAAACGAUUAUCGACGAAGCGAUCCUGGAAAGAUGCUGCGUCCGAAAAAAAAAGAAAAAAAAAAGAAAAAAUCGAGAUCGCGAACUGGGUUAUCUAUGGUCGGGAACGAAACAAUUUUUUUCCUUCAGUUGCGUGUUUACGUUUAAUUAUCGCGCGAAUAUAUUUAAUGGCUUCACGAUGUUCGUAUUGUGGACUGCGCUUUUAUUUUUCCCUCCCCAAACAGUUCUACCUCUCGUUCUGUUAGCGCGUUUAUUAAGGUUAAAUGUACGUGCACGCGACUCUCGCACGAAACUAAAUGGUCCAAACAAAACGAAAAGAAUGGAAACAAGACGAUGUUUGUUAUAUCGAUGAUAAAUUAUAUAUUAUAUAUAUAUGUAUAUUUAAGGACCUUCGUCGCUUAGCUUUACGAGAAAAUAAGAUGUUUGACUAACUUACCAUGUCGAGUGGUUUGUCCAGUGGCUCGUACUCGAUGUAGUCACUGACAAAUUUUCCGCACCCCUGCCACGUGUACAGUUCCGGAUAUGGCAGCGUACUUCGUCUGAUAGUCGUAGACACGAAUUUCUGCACAAGAAAAAAAAAAACGAUUUAACUAUAAAGACACUUUCUAUCUCGUGAUUUUGUUUUUCUUACUCUUAAACAGUAACUUUGCUACGCCAAGAUUCUUCCCCCCAAAGAUUCUCUUUUGAGUCUUUCACAUAUUUAUUUCUUUUUCUUUUUUUUUUCUGUUCAUGUACAAAUUGAUUUGCCGUUUUAGAUCACGAAAAGAGGUUAUAACAGUCGGAAGAGCAUUUACUGUAUUCUUUUUUUCUUUUUAUUUUAUGUAAUGUCGUUUGGUGAAACGAAGAUUGUUCCUAUCGCAUUCAAACCGGGGGAAAAAUAAUCUUGCGGCUUAGCAAAGUGUAUUUAUAAAAGCUCGAAUAAUGAAAGAAAGAAAAAAAAAAAAACAGGAAACCAAAGUGAAGAAAGUGCUGUCGCGAGUGACAGUACGUGUAAAUAAGACUGUGACCGUGCACUUGCACGCAAAGUGCAUACCAUGUAUUGUAGAACAUUGAAAGCAUGUAUGAAUAAAUGUAUAGCGAAGUUUAUUUUUAUUAUUUAGAUCGUAGAGGAGAUGAUUCGAGUGUAUUAGAAAGAUUCCUAUUAACGCAGUUAUUUCCAUUAGUUAAAUUAAUUAAAUAACAAAAAGAGACGAAAGGACAAAGAAUGAGAUGCUUAUGGAGUCUAUUUCAAGAUGUUCGACAUUCCUCGUUACCUUUGACGAAAAAAAAAAAAAGAAAAAAAAUAAUAAAAAA